AUGUCUGUUUGUUCCAAGUUCGAGGUGGCAUGGGUCGUCAUUAAGCAAGAACUACUAGAUCAUUUCAAUGGCGAAGGCAUGCCUAAAGAUGCCGCAGAGUGGUAUGAAAGAAAUCUAGACUACAACGUUCUAGGAGGCAAACUCUACCGUGGAAUGUCGGUCGUCGAUACUGUCGAAAUACUCAAGGGGCGCGCUCUCACCAGUGACGAAUAUAUGAAAGCGGCCGUGCUGGGAUGGAGUGUCGAACUGCUUCAGGCAUGUUUCCUUGUCGCCGACGAUAUCAUGGAUAAUUCAAUCACGCGACAUGGCCAAUCCUGUUGGUAUCGCGUCCCUCAAGUUGGGCAUAUAGCUAUAAACGACUCGUUCAUGCUUGAGAGCGCGAUAUACUUUCUCCUCAAGAAGCACUUCCGAUCGGAAAGCUACUACGUUGAUUUACUCGAGCUCUUCCACGAGACCACCUAUCAGACUGAGAUGGGCCAGCUUAUUGAUCAGCUCACCGCUCCCGUGGAUAAGGUUGAUCUUAGCACGUUCUCCUCAAAGCGACACAGCCUCAUCGUGAUAUACAAGACUGCAUACUACUCUUUAUACCUCCCCGUCGCGCUUGCUAUGCACAUGUGCGGCGUUCCCGCAGCUUACACCAUCGACUCGGCUCACAUCCAACCCUACGGAACCGCCAAAUCCAUUCUGAUCCCUCUUGGCGAGUACUUCCAGAUCCAGGACGACUUCCUUGACUUUUCCGGGUCCCCGGAACAGAUUGGGAAGGUCGGCACGGAUAUCUUGGAUAACAAGUGCUCAUGGUGUAUCAACACGGCUUUGGAGUUAGCGUCUUCGAAGCAGAGGAUGGUGCUUGAUGAGAAUUAUGGUCGGAAGGAUUCUGCAGCCGAGGGAAGGGUGAAGGUGGUGUUUGAAGAGGUCGGACUGAGGGAGAUAUACAGAGUCUAUGAGGAGGGCGUCUACGCGGAGAAGACAUUGAAGAGAGAGGUGUUCCGGAGUUUCCUGAACAAGGUCUACAAGAGAGAGAAGUAG